AUGAAUGGUGCGCCAGGGGGUUCUCGGCAGUCGGAGAAAGCACCACCGGAAGGCGGUUUCACCCGUCAGUCCAGCGUCACUAUCCCCGUUACAGCACGUGCGCAGCAACCUGUCAUCUCUGUUGCCAUCUUCCCGCAGCAGCAUCAGGAGGAAACUUCUCCCUUUGCUGCUAAUCAACUCAGCACGGUUCCGCCAUCGCAGCUUUUCUCGUUGGGCGCUGGCCUCGUCCCGCAGACUGCUGCGAUCUUGAGGGAAUCCUUUCCCACGCUGCACUCACCCACUGUUCAGCAUCCUGUGGGUUGGCCGCCACAGUUUGAAAUGCAACAACUGCAUUCUACACAUGUGGCCACCACAGGAUUACGCUACUCACAACCAUCGACGAGCCAGCAACCGUCACCGGGAACUGAGCUAAACGUUAAUAUAUCACCACUUUCCUCUUUGCCUUCUCCUGCCAUUUCCAGUGCCUCAUUGUUAACGGGUAUUGGCUUGAGCUCUGGUUCCAGUUCUGUCUCUGGUUCCAGUCCUGGUUCUGGCCUCGGUACUUGUCCUGGUCUUGGUUCAUCUGCACAAACACAACUUCAAGUGCUAAGUGCUAUGAAUCCAGCUCUUUUGGCACAGUAUCAGGUUAUUUUGGCUGCCGCCGCACAACAACAUCACGCUGCUGCAGCUGCCGCUGCUUCAAUAGCUGCUGCAUCUGGUGGACGUUCCUCACAAAUUGGACCACGCGUUGGGCCGCAGACAACAUCAUCAUUAAGUGUAGAGCAAAAUAUCCAACGGUAUUUCCUGCAAUUACAUCAACAACAACUCGCAGCAGCAGCUGCAGCAGCUGCUGUAGCAGCAGCGCCGACUGGGACUUCAGUAACCGCUAGUAGUGUGAUUCCAUCUGCACCACAACCGCAAUCAACGCUGCAUGGUUCAUCGUCGUCUCAUUUGUUAGCUCAGAUGCAUGCUGCGUUAGCAGUUGUCGGAGUGCUGCCAUCGUCACAGUCGUCACUUUCGCAGGUAUUUCAGCAAGCACCAACAACUGCUGCACGUGUGACAACAGCUUCCACCACCACUCAUUUGUUGUCGUCUACGUUAGGUGCUGAGACAAGUUCGCUUACUUCUAGAAUGGAAUUCAUGCAUCCUCAGCCGUUGAUUUCUCGUGUUGCAGCUGCUGCACGUCAACCUUUAUUAAUUCCGAGUGCUGGCACCGCAUCGUCUCAUGUUCUUGCUACUACUUCCUCACAAGCUGUUUAUCAUCAACCUUCCGUUUCACAACCGUAUUCACAAGCUCUUGGUCGAGUUGUAAUGAUGCCACCACCCUCACUGCCUCGUUUCCGACACGGUUCAACUCAAGAACGUCGCAGAUACAUUCCUUAUCAGCGACCAACUCCUUCGUCUUCAUUGACUAGUUCAACAUCCAGUGCUUCGGAGCCAUCAUCGUUAUCAUCUAUUCAAAUGAGACCACUGCCGUUGCAGCCAUAUUAUCCAUCGCAUUUUAUGCGCGGUACGGUGAUAAGAUUGCAAUCAGGUUUGCUGAAAAGAAUUGAAGAAAUGAGUACGGAAGACUUUGUUUUAUCUGCGGCAAUGAAAAGUGAUAUGAUACUUUGUAGCAGUGUGGUGAUGAGAAUACAGGAAACUGAAAAAGAUCGCCAAGUUCUCGUUACAUUUGCUGUUGGUGAACAAAGGUUGCAGGUAACUAUAGAAGCAGGUAUCGAACAUCCUUACUUUGUUGUUGACCAAGGCUGGUCAUCGUGUAGUCCAGAAAGGACACAUGGUUAUGACACAAGUGUAGCCGGUAUUGGUGAAGGUCGUGGUCAAAGUGAACCAGUCCCAGGAACUUCAGGUAUGCAAAAUGUCUUACGGUCGGCAGGCUCAAGUCAAGUGUCACGUCCACAUCUACCAGCUGUUGUUACUCGUGUCGAAAGGCGUUCAGGUGUUCAUUCAGCUCCACCGCAUGAAACACGAACAGAGAAAUUUGCUCUGCUUGACUUGCGUCGACGUUUAGGACGACAAGCAUUUUGGUUGGUGGCAGAAAUUACUCAGAGUUCUCGUUAUUCUGGUUAG